GUCAUCGCGUCGUGUCGUGCAGAUGGAUGCACGCGAAGCUUGUCCGUUUGCUAGAGUGGCACCUAGUAUCUUUAUAUGUUUUACUCGCAUUCCAAGACAAUAGGCUUACCUGUUGAUUCAAUCCGUGCCAAGGUGUUCAGCACUUCAUGUUUGCUGGUGGCAAUCCGCGCAUUCAACUAUAGCUCCUAGAGAGGCAGAAGACUACAAUGCGCUCCUCGCAUCAGAUCGCUUCUUCUGUCUUCUCGUUGGUGGCACGCAGAUCACAGAGAUCAACACAAUGCUCUCGUAUCUGCAGGAGAUGGCUAUCGUCGGAAUUCAAGAAUCGGCAAUGGUCGACUCCGUUAGCAAAGAUGCUUGCCAACGCCAUUGAGGCUACGGGUCCAAUCACAGUUGCUGCAUACAUGCGUCAAGUUCUUACAUCCCCGGACGGAGGCUAUUACACGAGCCAGACUGAGACUGGGCGAGACCAAUUUGGCCAAAAGGGGGACUUUGUGACAUCGCCUGAGAUAUCACAGAUAUUUGGAGAGCUCAUUGGACUAUGGUUCUUGACAGAAUGGAUGUCCCAAGGAAAGAGAAGCUCGGGGGUCACCAUAAUGGAGAUGGGGCCCGGCAGAGGGACACUCAUGAACGAUAUGCUACGGACGAUACAAAACUUUGAGCCGAUGGCAUCUAGUAUCGAGGCGAUAUAUCUGGUUGAGGCAAGCCCAAUAUUACGCGAGGCGCAGAAGCAGUUGCUCUGUGGGGAUGCGACAAUGCAAGAGAAUGACAUCGGCUUCGAAAGCCAGAGCAAACAUUUGGAGGGGGUCAAGGUCAUAUGGACCGAGGACGUCCGCCUGUUACCGAAAGAUGCAAACGAGUCACCGUUCAUCGUAGCGCACGAGUUCUUUGAUGCUCUUCCAAUCCACGUCUUUCAAAGUAUCGAACAGACUGCUGAUCAUGGAGAUAAUGUCACUGCCCAUGAACGGCCUGGUACUCCCACGACAGGGCAAUUGAAAGGGCCGACGCGUCAAUGGCGAGAGUUGGUGAUAUCGCCUACGGCUGACCCAGAUCCUUUGGCGCCAGACCUGGCCAAGCAACUUCCGGAAUUCGAGCUAUCAGUAUCGAAGAAACAUACACCACACAGCCUUUAUUUACCAGAAACAUCGCAACGCUACAAGGCACUGAAGCACGUCAAAGAUGCAAUAAUCGAAAUUAGUCCCGAAUCUUUGGCAUAUGUAUCAGAAUUUGCCACGCGCAUAGGUGGCUCCGAUACUCAGGAAGCGCUGAAUAGUGCUAAAGCACAAGCUUUCUCGAAACCUACAGCUUCUGGAGCGGCCCUGAUACUCGACUACGGUACCAUGGAUACGAUACCAACAAACUCUCUACGCGGUAUCAGACAUCAUGAGCGCCUCUCUCCUCUUGCUUCUCCUGGCGCUGUCGAUGUCAGUGCAGAUGUUGAUUUUGUCGCCCUUGCGAAUGCAGCCCUGGGCGCCAGCCCUAACGUCGUGGUUCAUGGUCCUAUGGAGCAAGGGACUUGGCUAGGUGCCAUGGGUAUUCAGACGCGUGCGGAGAUGCUGAUGACGAAGGCGCAGAGUGAGGAGGAGAAGAGAAGGAUAGAAACAGGCUGGAAGAGGUUAGUAGACAGGGGUCCACAAGGAAUGGGCAAGAUAUAUAAGGCCAUGGCGAUUAUACCAUCCAUUGAAGGAGAUGCUACAACGCGGAGGCCUGUAGGGUUCGGCGGCGAUAUUUCAGUAUAGAAACGUAGCGGACUCCCUCGCAUCGUCAUGUACAACUACUGCACUCACAGCCACAUGCAUCCAAGAGGAGAGCCAAGAAAUUUCACUCUUGGCAUGAGUAUAAUUGAACCUCCUAUGGUCU